CUGAAAUGACUCCAUUAGGUCACAGUGGGGAGCUGCAGCCUGAUAAGAACGGACACACGCAGCAGGAGCGAGAGUUGAACGACCGGCGUGGCAGUGAAACUGGAGAAUUAAAGUCUGCAGUCGGUGCCGCACGGACAGAGGUUGCCUGGUCCGUCACGGGGAAGAACCAGUCUGGUUGGGACGAUCAUGAAGCUCCUACUGUGCAUCGCUCUGCUGUUUCUCGCUGCUCAACUUUCGGAAUCUGGUUGCAUUCUCCGGAGAAAGGACGCGACCGCCGACUGCAUUGACCCAUUCGACGGGUCGGUGCACCCGGUAAGACAAUCCUGGCUCGAUUCCGUCUGCAGGAGGUGCAGGUGUGGCGAGGAAUUUGCCGAAUGCUGUCCGACAGUCCCCACACCAGUUGGGUACCCAGAAGAUUGUGUUGCACUGUUCAACCCUCGAAGGUGUCGGUAUCGAGUGUCCAAGAAGAACGACCCGUCUAUUGAAUGUCCUGUGACACAAAGUGUUCUGUAAUGAGCUGGAAUUCACAGGCAGCUCUCUUCCAAUGUAGAAGCAAUCAUCAAAAGGAUAUUGGAGACUUAUCUCCUGCAUGUAAUGUCUGCUUCACAUUAAACAUAUCCCACAGUUA